GAUUAAAAUAAGAUUCAUUGAAAAAUCCAUAACUUGAUUUACGUCUUUGCUAAAUAACACUGGAAAUUCAAUUGAAAUCCUUGAAGCAAUAUUUAGAAAAAAUGAAGUUUCUUAUAAUUUUUGGCGUACCGUUAGUUCUUGUGUCACUAAACAAAAUGUUUUGUAGUCACUGCACGUCAUUUACAAAUACUAUGAAAAACUCUGCAAUGACAUUUAUCAAAAGAUAUAAAAACUUCAGAAACACUGAAAUCAUAUGUUGCUGAUUCCUCACAUGUGCGGAUUAUACGAUACAUAGUGUAUUUAGUGUACUUUGAUUUGCGAAGCAGAAUAUUCCUCUUCCAAGGAGAGUUACAUAAUAAUUAAAAAAAGUGUAAAAAUAUGUUCAAUAAUUCGAGUCCUCUCGUGCCAAAGUCUCCAGUAGGUCCAACUCCACCAAUAAAGGACAUAUCCUGGGACGAUGCCACUUGGAUUAUGACAAGUUCUUUUAUUAUUUUUACUAUGCAAUCAGGUUUCGGUUUGCUGGAGUCAGGCUACGUCAGCAGGAAGAACGAAGUAAACAUCAUGGUGAAAAAUGCCAUUGACGUCAUCUUCGGCGGCUUCGGUUAUUGGCUCUUCGGCUAUGCUUUUUCAUUUGGAGAUGCCUACGGAUCGAAUUUUUUCAUAGGUGUCGGUGGUUUCUUCCUGGAUGCAUCUGAAGCAGAAAUGGGAGUAGUGUUUUCUACUUAUAUUUUCCAGUUGUCUUUCGCAACCACGGCGACCACCAUCGUUUCGGGAGCUAUGGCAGAGAGGUGCAAUUUCUUGGCUUAUUGUCUCUUUUCUUUCUUCAACACAGUCAUCUUUUCUCUGCCAGCAGGGUGGGUCUGGACUAGCCGGGGCUUUCUGAGAGCACUGAAUGUAGUAGACAUAGCAGGCUGCUCCGCAGUUCAUCUUGUGGGAGGAGCGUCUGCCCUGGUGGCGGCCAUUAUGCUCAAGCCUCGUCUGGGGCGUUAUGACAAUGGCAAUGCAGUCAACUUGUCUCUAGGCUCUCCAACCAACGCCUUGGUGGGGAUGUUCAUGCUAUGGUGGGGUUGGCUUGGUUUUAAUUGUGGAAGCACAUUUGGAGUUUCUGGUCACAAAUGGAAGUAUGCAGCAAGAUCUGCCAUAGUUACCAUCAACUCUUCAGUAGGCGGUGGCAUUGCUGCUUUAGUUUUCAGCUAUUUUAUACAUCGCAAGAAAUUUCUCGUCACUUAUCUCAUAAACGGCAUAUUAGCGUCUCUUGUAGCAAUCACAGGUGGAUGUGCCCUUUUCCAUCCUUGGGAAGCCCUUAUUGUAGGUGCCAUCGGUUCCUUGCUAGCCAACUGCACUGUCCCGCUGCUAGACAAGUUGCAUAUUGAUGAUCCAGUGGGUGCCAUUGCUGUACAUGGUGCUGGAUCUGUAUGGGGAAUGCUAGCUGUAGGACUCUUUGUUGAAGAAGAUAAUCUAAUGCAUCUGAGCAAUCAUUUGACAGGCCUCUUCAGAGGAGGAGGUUGGACAUUGUUAGGGGUGCAACUUCUGGCUGUUAUAGUUGUCACGGCCUGGAGCAUGAUCACAACAUUUGGAUUGCUAUUCACUAUCAACAAAUUCGUGCCCAUCAGAAUGACACCGGAAGAAGAAAAAGCUGGAGCAGACCUUGUAGAACAUAACAUCAACUAUAACUUUGACCCCACAUCAAAUCAUUUCCCAAAGCUGGACUUAGCUACCAUCAACAGCAUCAAACUCUGCAUUCAGUCAACAUCUCAGAUACCACAACAAAGGCCUAAGCCUCCAGACAGACUAAAUUCUAGCACACAAACAGAGAGUUUUUCUCCGAUAAAACAUUAUCCUUCAACAGACACAACCUCUUUGACUUCAGUUUAUGUACCUAAAGAAACAGUAGUAGCGAUCAAUAAUGACCGCGAAGUCUUAACAGCUUGGAUGUCAGAUGACGAGAAAACUGCUAUAUCAAGACGGCUUCCUUAAUAUAAAAGUAGCCUUAUUUUGAAGCAAAAAAUAUGUCACUUAGUGUA